GCGUCUCAACAUCCUGGAGGCUGAUUUCAACCCUAAAGUUCUGCUGCACAGAUUAGAUGUUAAGCAGAUCCCGAUGGUUAAAGAAGAAACUCCUGUAAACCAUAGACCUUGUGCUGGCCUACAUGACCCAAAGCCCCACCACAUAAAGGAGGAACAGGAGGAGGUCUACACCAGUCUGGGGGGAGAGCAGCUCAAUGGGAAGGAGGAGAUCGAUGCCAUCAGGUUUCCAGUCACUGCUACUCCCAUAAAGAGUGAGGAUGAUAAACAGUCCCCUCUGCUCUCACAGCUUUAUCAAGACCAAAUUAAAGGCAGAGUGAAUCCAGAAGACAUCGAUGGAGAAGAAUCCACCAGGAUACAAGAUCAUGGAGAUGGUUCCAUUUCCUCAGAAACUGAAGACACUGAGAAGAAUGAAAAGGCCGAUGAUGUAAAGCACCCCGUCUCUGAGCUCAAACACUUGUCAGACUCUGGACUGAAAUCCAAGAACAUGGACAAUGACUGGAAGGACAGCAGAGCUCCUGAGUCAGAUGGAAACAUUAACAAACCUUUUAGCUCCCCUGAGUUUGCUGAACAAUUUGUUCACCGUGGUUUUCUUCAUGAAGACAUGAUAAAUUCAGAAAUAGAAUCUUUAAGCUCGCUAGAUGGGAAGAAAUGUAGGGACACGAAACACUCUGCUAAGGAGGACAACCUGACUUCACUGAAUGUUUGCAGUUGA